UUAGUUUCAAAGUUGCAGGGGAGAAGGUUUUGGCGUUCACGUGAGGACGGAGGAACGGCGAGUAGGGUUGCAAUUGGCGUUGCAUUUGCAUGAUACAGAAACAAGUGGAAGUUUGUGAAAUCAUUAGUGUUCUGAUUGUGAGGGUGGAAAACCCUAGAACUCGAAUCGAAGGGGAGCGAAAGCAAUAACAGAGGGGUAAAGAUGAGGAUUAUGAUAAAAGGUGGUGUUUGGAAGAACACCGAGGAUGAAAUUCUGAAAGCGGCUGUUAUGAAAUAUGGGAAAAACCAGUGGGCUCGAAUCUCUUCCCUUCUCGUCCGCAAAUCUGCUAAGCAGUGUAAGGCUCGUUGGUAUGAAUGGCUCGAUCCUUCCAUUAAGAAGACCGAGUGGACAAGAGAAGAGGAUGAGAAACUGCUUCAUCUUGCCAAGCUUAUGCCGACACAGUGGAGAACAAUUGCGCCAAUUGUUGGCCGUACUCCUUCACAAUGCCUUGAGCGGUAUGAGAAGCUCCUUGAUGCAGCAUGUGUAAAGGAUGAGAACUAUGAACCUGGUGAUGACCCACGGAAACUGCGUCCUGGUGAAAUUGAUCCAAAUCCUGAGUCAAAGCCUGCACGCCCUGAUCCUGUUGAUAUGGAUGAGGAUGAGAAGGAGAUGCUUUCUGAAGCACGGGCUCGGUUAGCCAACACUAAAGGCAAGAAGGCAAAAAGGAAAGCCAGGGAGAAACAGCUUGAGGAAGCCAGGAGGCUUGCUUCUUUACAAAAAAAGAGAGAACUGAAGGCUGCUGGAAUUGAUAUCAGGCAGCGAAGGAAGAAAAGGAAAGGAAUAGACUAUAAUGCAGAAAUUCCGUUUGAGAAGAGGCCUCCUCCAGGGUUUUUUGAUGUUACUGAUGAGGAAAGACCAGUGGAACAGCCCAAGUUUCCUACUACAAUUGAAGAACUUGAGGGAAAAAGAAGGGUUGAUGUUGAAGCACAAUUAAGAAAGCAAGACAUUGCAAAGAAUAAAAUUGCACAAAGACAAGAUGCCCCAUCUGCUAUUUUGCAUGCCAACAAGCUGAAUGACCCAGAAACGGUUAGAAAGAGAUCAAAACUGAUGCUUCCACCACCUCAGAUUUCUGACCAAGAAUUGGAUGAAAUUGCAAAGUUGGGUUAUGCCAGUGACCUUGCAGGCACUGAGGAAUUUGCAGAAGGUAGGAGUGCUACACGUGCUCUUUUGGCUAAUUAUGCUCAGACACCCAGCCAAGGAAUGACUCCUUUAAGAACUCCUCAGAGAACACCAGCGGGUAAAGGAGAUUCCAUCAUGAUGGAAGCUGAAAAUCUGGCUAGGUUGAGGGAGUCUCAGACACCAUUGUUAGGAGGAGAAAACCCAGAGCUGCAUCCUUCAGAUUUUUCCGGGGUCACUCCCAAGAAAAAGGAAAUUCAGACUCCUAACCCAAUGCUGACCCCCUCUGCAACUCCCGGAGGUGCAGGCCUUACUCCCAGAAGUGGUUUGACACCAGCAAGGGAUGGUUUUUCUUUUGGCACGACUCCAAAGGGAACUCCUCUCAGGGAUGAGCUACAUAUUAACGAGGACAUGGAUAUGCAUGACAAUGCUAAACUUGAGCUACGGAGACAAGCUGAUAUGAGAAGAAGUUUGCGCUCUGGUUUAAGCAGUCUUCCACAGCCCAGAAAUGAGUACCAGAUAGUUAUGCAACCAGUUCCAGAAGAUGCAGAAGAACCUGAGGAGAAAAUUGAAGAGGAUAUGUCUGAUAGAAUAGCUAGAGAAAAGGCAGAAGAAGAGGCUCGACAGCAAGCAUUACUUAGAAAAAGAUCAAAAGUUCUUCAAAGGGAACUUCCUAGGCCUCCUGCCGCAUCUUUGGAGCUCAUUAGAAACUCCUUGAUCAAAGCUGAUGGGGACAAGAGUUCAUUUGUACCCCCGACCUCAAUUGAGCAAGCUGAUGAGAUGAUAAGAAAGGAGCUUCUAACCUUACUGGAGCAUGACAAUGCUAAGUAUCCACUUGAUGAGAUAGUAAAUAAGGAGAAAAAGAAAGGAGCCAAGCGUGCGGCAAAUGGGCUUGCUAUCCCUGUGAUAGAAGAUUUUCAGGAAGACGAGAUAAAAGAUGCUGAGCAGUUGAUAAAGGAGGAAGCAGAGUAUCUUCGUGUGGCAAUGGGGCACGAAAAUGAAUCCCUCAGUGAAUUUGUUGAUGCACAUACAACUUGCAUUAAUGAUUUAAUGUACUUUGCCACCCGUAAUGCAUAUGGUCUAUCAAGUGUUGCUGGAAACAUGGAGAAGCUAGCAGCUUUGCAGGAUGAAUAUGAGAAUGUGAGAAGCAAGUUGGAUGAUGGUAAGGAGAAGAUGGUACGCCUUGAGAAGAAGGUGACAGUACUCACCCAAGGCUAUGAGAUGAGGGCAAAGAAAAGUCUUUGGCCGCAAAUUGAAGCCACUUUCAAGCAAAUGGACAUAGCUUCGACAGAGUUUGAGUGUUUUGAAGCUUUACAAAAGCAGGAGCAAUUAGCUGCGUCACACAGGAUAAAUAAUCUUUGGGCUGAAGUACAGAAGCAAAAGGAACUUGAGAAAAUUUUACAAAAGAAGUACGGGGAUCUUGUGGCAGAACUGGAAAGGAUACAAAAUGUCAUGGACCAGUUCAGGGCAAAAGAAGCACAACAGCAAGAAGAAAUUGAAGCAAACAAUUGUGCCCCUGAAUUUAUUGAGGCCAAGACUAAUGAAAUUAAUGUGCAGGGUACAGAGAAUUGUGAAGCUGUACCCCUCUCAGUAGACCAUGGAAGUACUAUAUCAGUUAGUUCAUCUAAUGAUGGAACUGCUGACCCGCAAGCGGACAUGCAAGACCAGACCACUUCUAUCUCCAAAAACGAUAUGGAUGUGGAUUCUUGUAAAGAGCAAAUGAUGGACAACACUGAUGAUAAGUUGCCAGAUGCACCUUCUGCAGAGGAUAACAAUGAAGAAGUGGUAGAAGGUAAAAGCACUGAUGGUUAUAUUGACAGCAGAGACACUACACUAGAUAGGAGUGCUGCAGUGGAAACAAGUAGUAUUGAGGAAAAUAGGGAGGAUCGAGAUGUUGAGAAUCCAAAUGAGGUGAACGCCGUAGACCAACAUGGUAAAUAAAGGUUGGAGACUUUAUCAUCAAAUUCUGGUAUUAAAGUUUGGGGGCAUUAAAUUGGGGAGAUUGUUGCUCAACCCAGAGGGUUGAUUGAAUUGCCUGGAAAGUGAGUCCUUUUUUACUGUACGGUCUUCAGGAAACUUUUUAACACUAUGAUCAGCCUUAAUCUAUAGCAGCACAUUGAGAUGGUUACAUGUAUUUUUACCAAUUUUUCGUCCUCGUUAAUUCCACCAAGUGGACGUUGGUGAUGUGCUAUUCUACGCAUUUGAUAAAACGCUUGAGAUUUUGCAAUGAAUUAGAUUUUAAUCCACUAUACCCUCUUUAUUGUUUUUAAAUAGCACUUUUAUAGUAUUUGGUCCUUUGCCAUGAGUUGAGCCAUUUUCAGUAGUCUGAUGAAAGGUGGUCGACCUAAAAUAGUUUGAUUAAGGUGAAUUGUCUUGCAAAGGUAUACAUUAGGGUGGAAUCCAUUUGGGCACGGGCACGCAGAGGUGUGAUGAAGGGGUCUAGUAGUCUACUCCCAUCUGGUCUGGCACUUCUAGGGCAACAUUUUAACUUUCAUGCAAGACAAUAUAGAUGGACGAGCCCCGAUGAUCAAAAGAAUCUCCAGACUUUUAAUUACUUAAAUU